GUCAGAGCAGAAGCAGCACCUCCGGCCCUGGACAGACUGCGACACCCACGCCUCCAACUAGCCAGCCUGCAUCCGCCCCAGGCACCUCGCCAUGUGGCCCCUAUGUCUCGCCGCGGCACUGUUGGCCCUGGGCCAGGCUCUGCCCUUUGAGCAGCGAGGCUUCUGGGACUUCACCCUGGACGACGGGCUGCCCAUGCUUAAUGAUGCCGAGGACGCUUCGGGCGCUGACAGCACUUCCGGUGCCCCAGACCUGGACUCUGUCACCCCCACCUUCAGUUCCAUGUGCCCUUUCGGCUGCCACUGCCACCUGCGGGUGGUCCAGUGUUCUGACCUUGGUUUGAAGGCGGUCCCUAAGGACGUCUCUCCAGACACCACACUGCUGGACCUGCAGAACAAUGACAUCACCGAGCUCCGCAAGGACGAUUUCAAGGGGCUCCAGCACCUCUAUGCUCUGGUCCUCGUAAACAACAAGAUCUCCAAGAUCCACGAGAAGGCCUUCAGCCCGCUGCGGCGGCUGCAGAAGCUCUACAUCUCCAAGAACCAUCUGGUGGAGAUCCCGCCCAACCUGCCCAGCUCUCUGGUGGAGUUGCGCAUCCACGACAAUCGCAUCCGCAAGGUGCCCAAGGGCGUGUUCAGCGGGCUGCGCAACAUGAACUGCAUUGAGAUGGGCGGGAACCCUCUGGAAAACAGCGGCUUUGAGCCUGGAGCCUUCGAUGGCCUGAAGCUCAACUAUCUGCGCAUCUCUGAGGCCAAGCUCACGGGCAUCCCCAAAGACCUCCCUGAGACACUGAACGAACUGCAUCUGGACCACAACAAGAUCCAGGCUAUCGAGCUGGAGGACCUGCUGCGCUACUCCAAGCUGUACCGGCUGGGUCUAGGCCACAACCAGAUUCGCAUGAUUGAGAACGGGAGCUUGAGCUUCCUGCCCAGCCUCCGUGAGCUGCAUCUGGACAACAACAAGCUGGCCCGGGUGCCUGCUGGCCUCCCUGACCUCAGGCUCCUGCAGGUGGUGUACCUGCACACCAACAACAUCACCAAGGUGGGCGUCAACGACUUCUGCCCCAUGGGCUUUGGGGUGAAGCGGGCCUACUAUAAUGGCAUCAGCCUCUUCAACAACCCGGUGCCCUACUGGGAGGUGCAGCCAGCCACCUUCCGCUGCGUCACCGACCGUCUGGCCAUCCAGUUUGGCAACUACAAAAAGUAGAGGCCCUGGCUGCAGCCUGGUGGCCCAAUCACGGACCCCAGGAGCCCAGCGGCUAACCUGAAGUGGGGCACAGUGAGGGAGAAGCCCAUUGCCCCACCUUUGACCCACAGCCUCCACUCACUGCCCAGGAUCCCCAAGUAUAUAUAUGGGGCAUGAGGCCUGGCCCCAGCCCAGGUCCCCAUGGCUCUUCACUGUCCCUGCACACUCAUCCUGGCCACUCAGAGGCAUCCCAGAAAGAAAAUGCUUUCUGUGCAUUCACCCUGAAACCAAAUUGUCCAAGGUUCUGACCAUUGGAAAGAAUCCCAGGGCCUGGAACAAUAGCAUAUUGGGAAGGGUGUUUGCCUUGCAUGUGGCUGAUCUGGGUUUGACUCCUGGCAUCCCCUAUGUCCUCUUGAGCAUCACCAGGAGUAAACCCCUGAGCACAACCAGGUGUGGCCCAAAAAAAAUCAAAAGAAAAAAAGAAUCCCUAGGCCUGGGAUUUUCAGAACUCCAAGAUGCUCCCUCUCUCUUGGGCACCUUCUCCCACCUCCCUCUCUUCCUCUCAUACCUUUCACAAGCUGGCUGCAGGCUCUGCCCAGCCUUUCCCAGUGUGGGGGACAGUUGAUCCCUGAAUCUGCCCUGCCCAGGUCUUACCCCAAACCUGGAUGAUCCCAGAGUGUGCUUCCCUCAGUAACAGUCAGGAGGGGGUUGGAAAUCACCCAGCGUAGCUCUGUUCUAUCCCCUACCCCUGCAGGGGCCCCCACCUCGGUGUAAGUGGGGGGAUGGGGCCCAAGAAAUCCCACCCAGCUUGAGGAGGUUGUUAUUUUUAAAUAAAAAACACUGUGCAA